GAAGGGGUAAUGGUAGAAGAAAAAAAGCGGACUACUGGUUAGAAACCGAACAUAAAUGCUCAAAUCUUUAGUUUAACAAUAGCUCAUUAAUUAUUCUGUUAAUUUCAAUAGAAAAAACUUAGCAAAAGUUGAACAUGUCCAACUUUUAAAAAAACUUAUAAAACCGAGAGAAGUUGUACAUCUUUGCUGUUUACACGGAUCUGUUUAAUGUUUAAGAGGAAGUUGUAAUGAACCCCAAAGUUACCAUACAUGAAAAGCUAAAUUAUUUAAAAGAAUUAAGUGAAGAUUCUAGUGAUAAAGUCAAUAAAUCUCAAUUCAUUUAUGAUGGUGUUUGUUCAGCAUUGGAAUAUAUUUCAAAAACAGAUGGACUUGUAAGUGAAAAUCGAAAUGAAAUCAACACUUUGUUAUUGUUGCUUAAUAAAGAAUUAUGUUCAAGUGUUGAUGUGGAUAAAAAAUUGUUUUUAAAAUCAAACUUUUUUGAGAUAUUUGCGAAGUUCUUCAAAUACCCAGAAUUACUGAAUCAAGAUCAAUUUAUCAACUGCUUGUUUUAUCUUCUAAAAAGAGAAUCUUGGAAAUACUUGUUGAUCGUGAAAUUCAAUAUACUAGUUGAUGUUUUAUCUGGUGUUUGCAAGAACUUCUGGCAGUCCAAAGAAAGCAAUUCAAAAUUUCUGUUUAUUAUUACAUGCCUUUGUGAUUUAUAUUUAAAACAAGUUCAAACGCAGUACAAUGUUAAAAAGGUAUUUGUUCAAUUCUGCAAAAAGCUGCUGAGCAAUCUUGUAUGUGUUAAAGCCUGUUGUCAAAACUUUGAUACAGAAGAAGCAAAUGAUGUUGACACACUCAUUGAUAAAAUAUUUCUUUUUAUAUUUUCUGCCAGAGAGCAUAUGUUAAGUUUGAAAGGUACCCUACAACAAGUCAACAAAACAAGUCAAUCACCAGCAAAAAAGCAAAAAGUUGAUUUAUAUUAUAAUAAUUUUUUUGAAGCUUUAAAUUCCACUGAGCCUCAGAUCAUAUCCUAUGUAAUACAAGCUCUUCCAUCAUUAUACACUACCUUGAUCAAAUGCUCCAGAACAAACAAAUCAUUGCCACACCAACAAGAGUUUGAACUUCUUAUACAUAUCAGUGAGGUAAUAGAGUUAAAAGAACAGCUAAACAAUGAAAACAGAAAUGUUACUGUACAUUGCUUUAAUGAAAUUCAAAAAGUGGUAUUAGAAUAUGACAUUUAUCAGACUGUUGAAGAUGCUGCAAACGAAAACAUAUGCUUUAACUGGAUGAAAGAUUUAAUUGAUCGUCUACUGGAAAAGUAUAAAGAAAGUAAUGUUAUAGUGAAGAAAAACAUUCUGGAAAUACUAACAUCAAUGUUAGAAACGAACCAUCUUGUGUUGGAAUGUUAUCUGGAAGAAUUGUGGAAAAUGUGUUUAGAUAACACGGAAAAUGACAGUACAUUUACAUCUUUGAAGGAAACAUUGUUAUGUAAUUUAUUAACAUGUUACGAUCGUCUUCACCAGCUCGAUAAGUUCUUAAAUAGCUUCAGAAUGGAAAAAACUAACACUUUACAAAUAUCAUAUCCUGUUGGAUUUAUAAAUAGGUACUGUACCAUUAUAUCUGGCCUGCAAAAUUCACAAAUAAAUUUGCUGUUGGAAACAUAUUUGAAUCGUUUGGAAAAUUUAUUGGAAUUUGGAAAAGAUGAAACUAUAUGCACAGCUAUGCAUCUAACCUAUUUGUCAUGUUAUUUGGUGUUAAUAAAUGCAGCUGUUAUUCCUGAAAGUGGAUAUAUGAAAGAUGAAAUCAAAAAAACUCUACAUGUUAUGCGAAAAUUAAAGUUAAAAACAGGCAAAUUUGUGAAAAAGGAAAACUUGAAAGAUUGCUCUAUAGCAGUAGGUUGAAUUUGUAUUAUUGAAUUCUUUUUUUUGAAAUCUUGGCAACUGAUAUUAUUACAGAAAUAUUUAGUGCUUUCCUCCCAUAUCAACAAAUGUUUGUGUAAAUGUUUGUUUUUAUCGUAUUUUAAUAUCAGAUAGCUGUUGUUUUUAUCACAUAGGAUUUCAAAAGUGCUAAAGCUUUUUUCUUGUACUUUUAGGAUUACGAAAUCUCCAUAGCAUUACUUGUUCAGCAUGGUAUCAAUAAUUUAUAUCUUUUACUACGAGACUUUUCUUUGGUCCAAGAUGAAGAUCACGAUUUGUUUGAGUGCUAUA